CUUUAGAGUUAACAACCUUGAACUUGAAUGCCAGCCUCAACUCUCAGAGCUAGUGGCCAAUCUUCUGACAGUCGGAACCAGAGUCCUCAGGAACUCUGCUGGAGAACAAAGAUGGCGACUCCCAGCAGUUCUCCAUUGGUCUCCCUUUUUCUCUGGCCUCUUGCUAGCUGCCCUCAUGGUUUCCAUUCCCUAGCUGCUGGCCACUUUUAGCACCAGUGGUCUUUGUUACUCCCAGCCAGUAAAGUACAAGUUCACCCUGUCCUGUCGUAUUCAAAUUAUAAACCACGAAUAAUCAAGUAUGUCAUUCAAAACAAAAGGCUUGACUAAAGCUGCAGCAUAAGGAAGAGUGCCUGGAUCCUCAACCCCACCCCACCAGAGAAUGAGGGAGGUUGCUCCAGUGGCGGUUGGCUAUGGCAGGCAGCCGAAGAACAAAGGAGAGAAAUUACUUCAUUAGAGGAAUGGGGCUCUUCCUUUCUCAGUCCGCCGUGUUUCUUUAAUUAGAUUGUACAUCAUAAGGUAGUCUUUCUUUCUUGUCAAUUCCUAACUCUUAAAACUAGAAUUCUAUUUUUCUGAGAUCUUAUUCCACCAAUUCUACAAGUACAUUCUCCUUUUUAAUUUCAUAAUCCUAUCCCAGUGAACCUGAACAGCUCACUCAUUUAAAAAAACAAAACCCAAACCCCCCCAGGCUCCACCCAUUCCUCUCUUCCCAGACCAGGGUUGUACCUAACUUAACAGCGAUUCUCAAUCAAGAAUCAGGAGUGCCUGAAGGUUUUCCAAUAAGGCCAGCCCCACUGCCUGUGAAUCUGGGCUCCUCAGGCGGGGGCAGCUCCCUGAUCAACACCGCACAGCUGUGGCUGCGGGGCUGCAGGUCCUCCUCGCCUCCCGCUGCCAGCCGCAGGCCGAGCCCCAACGUGCUUGCAGAGGCCCUUCUGGAGACUUGACUUGCAGCUUCUUCGGAGAAGCAUACAAUGUCAGAACAAGAGCGUAUACAGGACUGUCUGAAGAAAGAAAUAAGGUCACUUCUUAUUUCCACUAAAGAUGGUUUGACACCACAUCAGUUGGAAAAAGAGUACCUUUUGAUGGUUGGCAACCGUCUACCACUCCGAAUCCUCGGCUACCGGUCCACCAUGGAGCUAGUGUUAGACAUGCCUGAAGUGGUUAAUGUCUGCCCCUGUGGGGAUGGUACCGUGAUACUGAAAGCCAUUCCAGAUGAAUCCACCAAAGGAAUGGCGAGUUUAGUCGCAAAGCAGAGGAGUAACCAUAAGGGUCAAAACUCCAUGCAGAAGGCAAGAGCCAGUAUUUGCUCUGGGACAAGUUCUCGGCGAGUGCCUUACCGAGGAAGGGUGCCACCUAUUCUUCCUGCCGUUGUGAAGAGUGAGUUAAAAGACCUCUUGGCAUUGUCUCCUGUUCUGCUUUCUGAUUUUGAGAAGGCAUUUGCCAAGCGAUUUGGACGAUCAUUCCAAUAUAUGCAAUAUGGAUUCCUCUCUAUGUUUGAAGUGCUGAAUGCAGCUUCAGAUGUUAUUUCUGUUGAGCAGACCAGAGCAGGUUCUUUAUUGAUGCUGAAGAAGAGUGUAUCAGAGGAAAAACAUAGAAGGUGGCCAACAGGUAAAAUUUUCACCCAGCCAUUUAGAAUGAAACAAGGGCCGUGUUCCACAGGCUUCUCAGUUACAAAGCCAUGUUUUUCACAACCCGUUCCAAACACGGAACCACCAAAGCAAAUAGUGAACAUGGAGAAGACUUCCACAUUCAGUGCCGGGAGGACUUCAAGGCUGAAUCAUACUGAGAAACUACACCAGUUAGAGAACUCAUUCAAGUCAGUUAUUGCACAAAUUGGACCUGGAGGGACUAUUGAUCCAGAACUAAAACAUAAGAUAAAAUGUGUUGUAUCUAAGUUUCCAGAGGGUUUGUUUAUUUCUAAACUGCUUGGAGAGUUUGAGAUAAUUUUUAAAGAGCAACUUUCACCAAAGGACUUGGGCUUUUUAAAUGUGACAGAACUUGUUGGAGCUCUUAGUGACAUACUUCGUGUUGAGUCUAGGGAAGGAGAACAAGACUUGCUGGUGUUUGAUGCUGAUAUGAAGCCUAUACAUCCUGAUGGAGUUGCCUCAUCCAUCAGAAAUUCAUGUUUUGUUCAAUCAAAUAAAAAAGGAGAACCCAAAGUGUACACCUCCAGUCCUCCAAGAAAUGCACCAUCUACUGCUGCUGUUAAGGAGACUAUAUGGAAUUGCUCUUUGAAAAAACAUAAAGAUCCAGAGCUGAAGAUUUGUAAGGAGCCUAACCUGGUGGAACUAGAAAUCAGCAAACCACAGCUCAACUUGUCACUGGCAAAUCAUGAUAUCCCACCAGAUGCUGUACAAGAAAAGAAAUUAUGCAGACUUCCCCCAUUAGAUACCAGUACCCUUGUGGGGGUCUUUGUGGAGUACAUUAUCUCUCCUAGUCAGUUCUACAUCCGAAUCUAUAGCAGGGAUUCAUCAGAGUUACUGGAAGACAUGAUGAUUGAAAUGCGGCGCUGUUACUCAAACCAACUAGUUUCUGAUCGAUAUACCAUGCCAGAACAUUUUAUCCAGCCGGGACAUCUCUGUUGUGUAAGAAUUUCUGAAGAUAAGUGGUGGUAUCGAGUUGUUAUCCAUCAAGUCCUGGCAAAAAAUGAAGUUGAAGUGUUUUACCCAGACUUUGGAAAUAUUGGUACUGUCCAGAAGUCCUCUCUAAGGUUCCUGAAGUGCUGCUACACCAAGCUUCCGGCUCAGGCUAUCCCUUGUUCUUUGGCUUGGGUGAGACCAGUAAAGGAACACUGGACAUCCAGAGCAGUUUUGCAGUUCCAGAAGUUGUGUGGUUUGAAGCCAUUAGUGGGAGUAGUGGAUGAAUAUAUAGAUGGAAUCCUCAACAUCUUUUUGUGUGAUACAUCCUCAAAUGAAGACAUUUAUUUCCAUCACGUCUUGAGAACAGAGGGCCAUGCUAUUGUAUGCCGAGAAAAUGUCCCUUCUAAGGGUUUCCGAGACCUAAACCCUUUAGCUUUAUACACUACUGAGUACAGUGGUGUGCUGGAUGAUGUCAUGACGGAACUGGGUUAUCUUUCCCAGCACCACUAUUUUAAUGAAGACCGAGAGAUAAGUCCACAAUCCAAAGAGUGUAAAUUACAUACCCUGGAACCAUUAAAGGAUUCAGAAUUCAAUUCUUUGAAAAUUCUGAAGAACUCUGAAGAUGAUCAAAAGUGUUGCAUCACAGAGCCCAAGAAUCUGAAGGAAGAAAAUGAGGAUGAGAUUCCCACUGGCAUGCCAUGCCUGGAGUCAGUGACUAUAGGUGAUGAUAUUUGGGAUGAGAACUGGCUGAAAAUGGAAAAGGAAGGUGAUGUUGUCUCCCAGCUGUUUACCUCAGGCUUUGGUGGAAAGAAACAGUAUUCAUCAUGUGAAGAAAAAUCACAAAAGGAUUGUUUUUCUCCACCCAAAGAUAAAUGGGAUGAUUUAUGGCAGCCUUCAGGCCUUGUAAAUGGAAUGAAAGUAGAAAUUCAAAAACCAGAAGCGCUAGAUGCUAAAGAAAAAACUACUGGAACAACCAGUAUUGAAAAGGAAAUAGGUUUGGAAGAUGCUUUGGAUUCUCCCACACUGCCCAGACUGGAAGAGUUUUACAUCUCUUUUAUUCAAUCACAAAAGUCAGCAAAAGGGAACCACUUUGAAACUAACAAUAUUCUGACUGAGCCGAAGCAAAUCCGGCUGUCCACAGCAGUAUCCAAUUCAACUCCUGCAGUGGUUGACUCCCCAAGGAAAGAGUCUGCUUCUGUGGAAAGAUCUCCAGGGAGCCAAAAGAAUGAAGAUUUUUCCAAUAGUAAUACUACCCCAAUGUUCAAGAACAAGAGUCCAGGUUCUAUGGAUCAACAGUCUUUUAUUUUGUCUCCAGAGUACAAGAUUUCUCAGAAGCUCUACAUUCCUCGAAGCACAGCCACUGCUGCCUUAGGGGCUGCUGCCCGGUUAGCUACAUCCAGGAGCUUCCUGCAUUGGUAUCCCAGUGUGAAACGGAUGGAGGCAUGAGCUAAGGUGGAAGAGUUUGAAGCAGACUAGUAUUUUGGUAGUUGAUACUUGUAUGUGUCUGUGACCAUUCAUAGCUUUAUGAUGCUAACCACAUUGAUGUAUAAGUAUUGAUGUUUAGUGUUAAUUUUUAUUUUUACUAAUUUCAUUUUAUUCUGUAUGAUUGAGUCACCUUUUUAAAUGUUUAAUGUAGUUUAAAGGAAUUUCUGUUUCUAUAUUUUUCUUGUACAUAUCAUGACAUUCAAUGAAAAUUGAAGGUCUAAAUAUUCUUACAUAUAUAUCUCCAGAAAAAGGCUGUCUGAAUUUUGGGGCCACUGCUUUCUAUUUAAUUUGGAUUUUUGCUAUCAUAAAGGAAAUGUAUACCCUGAAGGUUUGGUCAUAUAAAUACUUGUACUUUUUAAAAAAUGAAAUGUUAGGCGUGGUUGCACACACCUGUAAUCCCAGCAUUUGGAAGGCAGGAGUAUCAUUGUGAGUUUGAGGGCAGCCUAUGCUACAUAGUGAGUUCAAGGCCAGCUCAGAAUAGCAACACUGUCUUCAAAAAACUAUUUUUACUAUGAGCUAAUUUUGAAACCUAGCCAUCUCUGUAGUUACCAUAGUUCUCAGAAGCCUUAAAGGAGCAUGGUUCUACAGUGGUAUUAUUUAAGCCUUUCUAUAAAGUAUUGUCUAAGUUUAUACUUCGUGAUUUGUUAUGUGGCAUUCUGUUCAACUCAUACUAUCAAUCAAAAGAAAAAUAAAGAAGUGAGCUUGAGCCUAGGAUUUUGAAGCCAGUUAGAACAACAUAGCAAGAUGUUGUCUCAAAAAUACACAAAUCCAGAUUCACCUUUGAUUCCAGUGUAUCUAUAAGAAUGUUGAUACACUAACAAACCCAAAAAAAAAAAAACCACACAAGUAACCUAAAAACAGUGUUCAUAAGUUGACCAGACAUAUCAGACUUUUUUUUUCUUUUGGUAUCUCAGGAGUCUGAAAUCACGGCCUCACACAGGUUAGGCAAGUGCUCUUCCACAAAGCUAUCACCCAAGCCCUGUAUCAGACAUUGGAGAGUUUCUUAAAGGGUCAGUGAAGACUUAAGUGCUAUGUGAGAUGCUCAACUGACAGGAACUGACAAAGCUCUGGUUGUCAUAUAAGUUCAAAUAUCCAGUUUGUUUUUUAAGAGAAAAUUUUUUCUAAAAGUGAAAAAUUCAUUUUUAAAAUAAUGCUUCAGAAUUCUACCUUUAAUGAAAAAAGUCUGAGAAAUGUACUUCUCUUCUCCAGAUGAGCAGUUACUGGGUUUGAAAUAAGAAUCUAGUAGCAGUAAAGUGUCAGAAGUAGAAGAGUUGACAGAAGUAAUAGAAUUUAGUAGAUUAAAAUGUAACCUCUCUGUAAUAACACCCAAGGGCCAGGAGGAUCUCUGCCAGAGCUGGGCAGUCUUUUUGUAAGUUGAUUUCAUAACCUAACAAGAACUAAUUUUAUACCUUGCAAGUUGGAGAUUAUGGAAUAACUGCAUUAAGGCUUUGUCAGAAUCUUGACCUUUUGCAAAUAAAGAGAACAGCAACUUAGAGCCACCAGAAUGGUGAAUUUCAGCACUCCUUGAAAGAAGUCUGUUUAGUAAUUAAUAGCUGACAUCUCAUAUGAGUUAGAGUGAUGAAUGAACAUUUGAAAGGCUUGUACAUUUUGAUUACUUGUUUGGCUAGGCCGGCUGAUGUGUCUGUUUACUUACCUUGUCCUAAAAGGUAGACUUUGGUGGGUACCCAAAGCAUUAAAUUUAAUGGAUCAUUUGAAAUAGAAUAAAUAGGUUUCUUAUAUGGGCAAGAAGAGCCAUAAGAAAGAAAUGUACAAAAGAUACAUAGAUGAGCUGCAGAUGGGAGCACAUGUCUGUAAUUCCACCUACUCAGAAGACUGAAGCAGAGGGAUUGCAAGUUCAAGCCCCCCCCCACCUCCGCAACUCAGUAAGACCCUGCUCAAAAAAGUGGGGUGGGGAUAUAGCUCAGUGGUACAGCACCUCUACAUCUGAUCCUUAGUACCACACACACAAGAUAUAUAAAAUAACGUUAUAUUUUCAAAAGAUACACAUGCACACUUUGAACAUUUGUGAUAUUAAGGAGCUACCUGCAGUAAUGCAAAUCUCACAUAUGUGACAUGCCAGUGAUUCCUAUGUCUUGAAGUUUCUGGCAUUUGUGUUUAACCAACUUAGAUUAAAUGAUUUUGAUCUAGGAAGAACCUUAGAUGAAGAACUAUGCAGCCUAGAAAAACUGACUUGUCUGUACUCACACAGCUUGAAUUCCCAGACCUGCUGACUCCUAGCCCAGAGCCUUUUACAGAAAAAAAAAAAUAAUACAAUUCCAUCUUGUUUAACUGAUUUGUGCCAGAAGGCAUAACUUUUGUAGAGCCCAAAAGAAUGGUGUUUUUGAUAGCUGAAAACACUCUUGGUGUUGGUGGAUGAGGGGACUAAUACUUCAUAUUCAUGAACAAUUUAGCAGUGGGAAAUUCUACAGCUGAAGAGUGUGAAAAAGAGGCCCCAUAAUGAAUGAGAAACCAGCAUCUGCCAGAUAAAUCUUUCUGAAGCUUCCUGUAACAUUUAUAGCACCUUAUAAGACUUUCCUAACAUUUUAACAAUAUUUUCAGAAUUGCAUGUGGUGACAUGGCGACCAUUCACACUAUUCAUAAUUAUGUAGGAGCCAUUGCUAAACAUUGAAAAUAUUUCAUUUCCUGAUCCCAUUUCCUCUAUUCCAAGAACCUUGAUCUUUCCAAGAUGUCAACAAAGUACAAAUCCGCAUCAACAAAGUCUGUGUGUAUAUCUUGUGUUUAGCCACAAUCCCAACACGUAGGUGUCACUUGGCUCAUUUAGUCAGUCACCUAACAAGUCACCAGUUAGAGUUUUGGAUCAUUGGCCUACUGGAACCAGACUCCUUUAAACACUGCUUUUUUAACUGUAUACACAGAAAAUGUUAACUGUUCAGACAAGAACUUUUAUAAUAUAACUGACUUGUGUACCACUUGUUAUGUGAAAUUGAGUAUUUAGCUAUAAUUAAAAACUGAGAUUGUAUUGCCAGCUAAACUUUUUGGGGUUAUAAACAUAGUUUUCAGUAAAUGCUUAAAAAUCUAUUAGUCAUAAGUUCUUUCAUAUUUCUGUUAAAUAGUUUUAAUUUAUAGAAAAAUGAGUAUAGGAAUGUUAACUUGAUUAUUUCUUAAUGUAAUUUAGAUAAAUUAUCUGAUGAGGAAACCAAGUUUUUGACUAUCUCUGUUCUCAGCUUUUGUUUGCAAACCUAAUAGCAUAUUGUUGGGAUCAAGAAACAAUGAUGAGAUUAAUCUUUGGUUUUGUUUGAUUUAAAUAUUUUGUUUGAUUUAAAUAUUUAUGAAGUUGGAGUUUGUUUUGUCAAAAAUGUCUACAUGUUUAUUUGUAAUUAGUUUUUAUUGUAUUGAUUCUGUAGAAAUAAAAAUUGCACCUGAGUAUGAA